AUGUUGAAGAUCUGGUCGAUGAAGCAGCAGCAGGCGCAGGCUGAAAAUGCCGAAGGCGCAGCUGGAAAGAAGAAGAAGAAGGUUACCGCCGCACAGCUGCGCGUGCAACGAGACCUCCAAGAACUCACCCUCGGAAAUACCAUGAAGAUGUCCUUCCCGAACCCCGACGACAUCCUGAACUUCACUUUGACCAUCGAGCCAGACGAGGGCAUGUAUAAGGGUGGUGUCUUCAACUUUAGUUUCGCCGUCAACCAGAAUUUCCCCCACGACCCGCCCAAGGUCAAGUGUACCCAGAAGAUUUAUCACCCAAACAUCGAUCUGGAUGGGAACGUGUGCUUGAAUAUCCUGCGCGAGGACUGGAAGCCCGUGUUGAACUUGAAUGCGGUUAUUGUGGGCAUGCAGUUCCUCUUCCUCGAGCCGAAUGCCUCUGAUCCUCUCAAUAAGGAUGCCGCAGAGGACCUCCGCACCAACCGUGAGGGCUUCAAGCGGAAUGUGCGCUCCUCUAUGGCCGGCGGGUCCGUCCGGGGCGUGAGUUUCGAGCGGGUUCUUCGAUAG